UAAAAACAAUGUCUAAUAACACUGAACUUAAAAUUACUGAUAAUUCAAAUGAAUGGAUUAAUUGGAUUGAAGAAUCUAUUACGAAAAAACAAAUUAAAUAUUAUGACUAUAAUCAUUUUAAUAAUAUGCAAGAAAUUGGUUUUGGAAAUUUUGGAAAAGUCUAUCGUGCAAACUGGAAAAGUUAUCAUAGUUAUUUAGCAUUGAAAUCUUUUUCUAAUUUCAAUGUCAUGGCUAAGGAAAUUGUUAAUGAAAUUAAACUUCAUCAUGAAUUUGAUUUUCAUGAAAAUAUA